CAGGGGUUGAAGGACAAACUUUCUUUAGAAGCCCAUGUGAUAAGACAAUGGGAACAUGCUCUUGAGCAGCCUGACAGUGAAUUAGGUUUGAGACUUCUGCUCGUUAACUUAUUUGGUCACUUACAUAUCAGGGUGAAAGAGGAAAAAAAGAAGACCACCGUGGUGCAUUUUUGAACAUUUAGAGAACAAAUAAUUUCCCUGGGGGGAUUUGUGUGAGUGUGUUCUUCCAUGGUUUAUGGUUAACUUAAUUUAUAUGAAUAACACUAAUGGAUAAUUUGGGUACUGUAGGAGCUGUUCUUCACCGUGGCUGGCACAAAAAAUGAGGAGGGGGGAACUGAUAAUAGAAUGUUAUAAUGGUUUGAGAUAUGUCGAACUACCAUAGAUAAUGCUAAUAAUAUUUUUGAAAUAGUAAUCACAGCUUGUGUAUUGGCACUUAAAUGGAAAGAAACCCAAUGUCAAAGUACUGUUUUUAACAGUGACUGUAAUGUAGCAAUUUUCAUAAUAAAGUAAAAAAAAAAAAUUGGUCGUUCUCAAAUUACUUUUAGCAUUAUCAGCAAAAGGGAGAGAGUCAUUCUGUCAGGGCAAUGCUUAAAAGUAUUGUUAUACUUGUUCUCCUUGCAGCCAAGAACAGAGAUAAUGGACCUAUUCAUGUUCAUAUGAACAAAUUCUCUUUUAUUUCAAUCUUUUGUUUAAAUUAUACUGAAUAAUAUGAUGAGAGGUGAACAAAAACAUGUUUAAAAGGCAAGCUAUCAAAUGUUUGGGGUUUUUUGGAAAAAGAUGUGCAACUAAGGGUGGAGAGUGUAUUGAAAUAUAGCACACAAGUUCUAAUGCUUUCUCUUUUGUGCUAAGUGUCUUUCCAUGCAGUCAUCUCUUAGAACUCAAUGUACAAAAAUGUUUAAAUGAAAACUGCAGGAUCAGAAUUGCUUCUUGAAUAGGAGUUGCACUGAACAACCAGGUAAACUAAUUUUCAUCUGUAAGGAUAAACUCAUUAUUUAUUUCCCUUUUGGUAGGAGUGCCAAUCCAUUGAAAGCAUUUGGUUUUUUUCCUUGUAACUGUUCAGCAUCAGUGAUCCUCAUCUUUAGGUGUUUCAGAAGAACAAUUUCAAUCACGAGCUUCGACAUGUGAAGAACCCUUUUCUGUAUGACUUUACUUCCAUGUUGCUUCUCUGCCUUAAGCUGAGAAUGCACCUGCAGAUGGAAAUGUUUUUCUAUUUUCUUCCUACUAUUCAAAAAGAUGUUGUAGCUACAAAUAUGUAACAACUUAAAAUGUUUAACUUCAUUUACUGUGAAUGAAACAAACUUGAGAAUUAAAAACAAAAAAACUGCCUUUUCUAUCUAUAUGCAAAAUAUUGUAAAAAUAGUAAUGAUAUCACUUACCAAUUGAGUUUGCUGAUUAUUAGAAGCCUGGGCUGGAUUUUUUUUUCUGCCUUUCUGACAUAUAGCUUAGUUAUUGGCUGAAGUGAAUCCUCGGAUUAAAUGCGUUUCUGACACAGAUUCCAGUUUACAGUCUACGUGGGCUGUGAUGCAUUAGGAAAUUAAUACACAGCAGCUUUUGUAUUUCUGUGGCUAACCAAGGAACGAGUUAACCUGAAGGACUUCCAUCUCUAUUACAUCAUGGUAAUUAAUUUAUUUUCCUCAUCUCUUUGUUUUUAUUUUUCUUAAGUUGAAAACUGGGCGUUUCUUGUGUCGCAGUGGAAAUCCUGUAAGGAACAAUGGUCGGUCAAGAUUACAAUAUUACACGUUGUAAUUUGUAGGCAUGGUGACUGAAGAGACACCUGAAAAGCUGGGUGUCCUGUUAAGUGGUUUCUUAUUCUCAGAAACUUUCCCACUUAAGUGAGAGACGAACUACACUUUUUAUGCAAGAAAAGGGUUAAGGGGAUUUGUUCUCCCUGGUAAUGAGUAGUUCUAAGGUUAGGUUUCUGCGGAUUAGAAAGGAGGGGAUGUCCAUAGAUUAGCUAGGGCAGUGAGGAUACUUGCUUUACUAACAUCCAACAAAUAUUCUUUCUCUCCAGAAAUUGUGCAAGAGCUGAACAUGGUGUAUUCUGCACUAUUUGCAGCUCAGCAUCUAUCUUUGUGAACCCUACUUGGCGUGAAUGCUGUAGUAAAAAAACAUGGAAUCUCCUGGAAUGAAAGAAAAAACGGAGAUGCCAGCAGUCUGCAGUCAAGAUAAUGGUUUAUCUCAUGUUCUGACUCUAGUGCUACAAGAACUGAGUUUGCUCUGUAAAAGAGAUGUCAAUGGUGUUGGCGUGUUAUAUGACCUGCUCAGAUCUCGCUGGCUGCAAGCACUUUUAAAGAUUUAUGAAUGCCUCCAAAACUACCUCGGAAAAAGACCAGUUCCUGUCACGCUGCAGGCACAUGCAUUGAAUCGUGAGGUGGUAGAGUUGCUGCAUGAAGCCUCUGCGACUGGAGAGAUCAAAGAGCUAAGACGAUUGCUGAGGGCUCCUCACUUAAGGGCCUUGCUAUCUGCUCAUGAUACUGUGGCCCAGAAAGACUUUGAACCAACGCUUCCGCCACUGCCAGACAACAUACCUGAGAAUGAGGAAGCUAUGAGGAUUGUCUGCUUAGUGAAAAACAACCAGCCUCUGGGUGCCACUAUUAAGCGGCAUGAGAUAACAGGUGACAUAACAGUUGCCCGUGUGAUCCAUGGUGGGCUAGCAGACAGAAGUGGGUUGCUGUAUGCUGGAGACAAAUUAGUGGAAGUAAAUGGAGUUUCCGUUGAUGGACUUGAGCCUGAACAAGUUAUUAAUAUUCUGGCUCUUUCUCAAGGAACAAUUAUGUUCAAGUUGAUUCCAGUUUCUGAUCGUCCUGUCAGCAACCAAACAACACUGUAUGUGCGAGCAAUGGCAGAUUACUGGCCUCUACAAGAUCCUGCCAUACCAUGUGCUGAUGCAGGUUUGCCUUUUAAGAAAGGUGAAAUACUCCAGAUUGUGGACCAGAAUGAUGCUCUUUGGUGGCAGGCUAGGAAAGUAUCAGAUCUCGGUGCCUGCGCUGGACUGAUACCCUCAAACCAUCUUCUUAAAAGGAAGCAGCGAGAAUUCUGGUGGUCUCAGCCCUUCCAGCCCCACCUCUGUCUCAAGUCAUCAAUGUUAAGCACUGUGGAAGAAGAGGAUGACAUGCAGAUUGAUGAGAAGUGUGUGGAAACAGAUGAAGAAACAUUUGAGUCUGAGGAGCUUAAAGAAGAAGAGGAAGAAUUUGGUGAAUUUGGUCAACGAGUCUUCAUUGCUGGUUUCCGCAGAAGUAUGCGCCUGUGUCGCAGGAAGUCCCGGGCCAACCAGCAGACGUGUUACGCUCGGUGCCCCAGCAGCUGCUGUAGCACUUUUGCAGCUCCAUAUGAGGAGGUGGUCAGGUACCAGCGGCACCCAGGAGAUCGGAACAGACUAAUUGUACUAGUGGGUCCUGCAGGAGUGGGUGUGAAUGAGCUAAGGCGAAGGCUUAUUGCAAGCAACCCACGAGAGUUUCAAAGUGCUGUGCCUCACACCACUCGAGUUCAGAAGAGCUAUGAAAUGAAUGGUCGUGAAUAUCACUAUGUAUCAAAGGAAACUUUUGAAAACAUGGUGUAUAGCCACAGAAUGCUGGAAUAUGGGGAAUACAAAGGAUACCUGUAUGGUACCAGCGUUGAUGCAGUAAGAACAGUCCUCGAUGAAGGGAAGAUCUGUGUAGUAGAUCUGGAACCACACGGCAUCCAAAUAGCCCGGACUCAUGAAUUAAAGCCCUAUAUUAUAUUCAUCAAGCCAUCCAGCAUAAGCUGCAUGAGGCAAACUCGUAAAAAUGCCAGAAUCAUUACAGAUUAUUAUGUGAACAUGAAAUUCAAGGAAGAAGAUCUACAGGAGAUGGAGGAUUCCGCUAAGAAAAUGGAAGCUCAGUUUGGUCAGUUCUUUGAUCAAGUGAUUGUGAACGACAACUUACAAGAAGCAUCUGCUCAGCUGUUGUCUGCAGUCCAUCAUGCACAGGAUGAGCCCCAGUGGGUCCCCGCAGUAUGGAUAUGCUCAGAUACCCAGACAUAAUUCAGAGUGGCAGGCAGCUCCAUGAAGAUUACAGAUUAUGUUUUACUUCAAGAAUAAUCCUCGUGUCAGGAUUGUGAGAAUUUAUCUUCGUAUGCAAGGGAUUUGGAAGAGGAUUAGGAAAGAAGCCGCUAUAGGAGAUAUAAUCAUACUAUGUUCUGUGUAGCUGUUCAGCUUCUAUGCAACAAUUGCACCUUUUUUUUGUACAAAAAGGAAACACUGUGAGCAAUCCACUACAAGAAUAAAUAAAAAUCUAUUUUGUUGCA